AUGACAAACCACACAGUGCACCCCGCCUAUGCUGAUGCUCUGAUCACUUAUGAGUUGUCAUUUACGUCUCCCCAGUAUCCCCAGAAGAAACUCGCCAACCUCAAGUUGGAAGUCAAGGCUUCUGAAACCGACCCCGAAGAAGAAGGUGAGGGACCCACCCAAGCUCCUCCUCGGCUUCCCCUCGCCUCCUUCCUCCCCAGAAUCCUCUCCCGGCCUCCCCUGGCACAGCCCCCCAACCCGGCCCGCCCGCCUCUGAGGAAACGUCCCUGUUCCCAGCCUCCUCCAUCCUCUUCCCUCAACCAGAGCCCUUCUGGCAUCUCCCUGUUGUCCUUCCAGGCUACCAGAGCUGCCAAGAAGGGAAAAGCAGCUCGUGGAGGGAGACGCGGGAAGAAACGGGCCGCGAGCAAGAUGGCGGCGGCAGCGACGGCCCCUGAGGCGGGGAGCGGGCCAGCGGCCCCCGGCCCCAGUGACCAGCCCAGCCAGGAGCUCCCUCAGCAUGAGCUGCCCCCCGAGGAGCCAGUGAGCGAGGGGACCCAGGACGACCCCCUGAGCCAGGAGUCCCAGCUGGAGGAGCCGCUGAGUGAGGGGGCGGCCACCGACUACCCCAUCUGGCUGAGCAGCGACUAAGUUCAGUUCCAGUCGCCAGACCUCAGAGAUCUCACCAGCACGGUGGCCCCUGGUGAAGACAAU